AUGAAGGACUUGGUUAAGUGCAUGGUGGUAAAGACGCACCGGUGUCACGAGUGCGGCAAAUCCUUCAGCAAGAAGGGAAACCUGAAGAGACACCAGCGGAUCCACACAGCAGAGGAGCUCUUCACUUGUGGGGACUGUGGGAGGCGCUUCACCACCCAGGGCCACCUCACGACCCACCAGAGCAUCCACACAGGAGAGAGGCCCUUCUGCUGUGGGGAAUGCGGGCGUUGCUUCCGCCUGGAGAUAUGCCUGGCUGCCCACCAGAAGACACAUGCCAAGGGUGGUCCCUACCUCUGUGCCCGCUGUGGCAAGAGCCUGAGCACAAAGAUCUACUUUAACAUCCACAUGCGGACCCACACAGAGAAGAGGCCAUUUGCCUGCACGGAGUGUGGGAAGAGCUUUGUGAAGAAGGGGACCCUCACUGCCCACAAGGAGAUCCACAAGAGGGAGAAGCCCUUCAAAUGCCCCGACUGCAGUAGGUGCUUUGGGCAAAGCGCCACUCUACUGGCCCACCAGAAGAUACACCUUCGUGGGGGGCCUUUCAUUUGUACUGAGUGUGGGAAGAGCUUGAGCACCAAGCGGUAUUUCAACAUCCACCAGAGGAACCAUGCAAAGCAAAAGCCACCCGAGGGACACAUCAAUGGUGUGUCUCUCCAGGUCAUCCAGAUUAAAGAGGAGCCUGAUUUUGCCUUCAGGUUAGAGGAAAAUAUGUUGGAGAAUAUGUUCUGUGAAGGAGAUGUGGCCCAAGGGUGUAGCAUACCUAGAAACCCAUCUCAUGCAAAAAGUCCUCCUUGGAAAAUUCAGAUGAAGGAGGAACCAGAACCACCCACUGAUGACACAGAAAACAUUACUGCAAUAGCCUGUCAGAAACUUUACAUCAAGGAAGAGCCACCAGAAAACCUGGACUAUGGAAAGCUCUUUGAUCCAAAGAUCCCACUGAUGGCUUUACAGGGGAGACAGCUUAAAAAGGAAGAAGGUGCUGAUGGGCAGCAUGAACGGGAAGUCCCCGUAGCCUGUAACCGGGUGCUCCAUGUGAAGGAAGAACCACAGGAAAGCAUUGAGUUUGGGAUGCAUUAUGGACACAAGCCAAACCUCAGUCCUAUCCAGAGGAUCCAGAUUAAAGAGGAACCUGGUGUGGAAGCCAACCACCAGGAGAGUCAGAGCCCAAAAAGGAAGCAAGAGAAAUGCUAUCAGCCCACCAAAGAGGAGAUGCUGGAGAACAGGAAGAAAUCCACAUCCAAGAAAGAUCCUUCAGCAAAAGGAGCUCUGAAAGGUGAACGGAUAUUCCCCUGUCCCGAGUGUGGGAAGAGUUUCAAUCAGAAAUCAAACCUGACCAGACACAGAAAGAUUCACACGAGCGAGGGGCCAUACAAGUGCAGCGAGUGCGGGGAGAGUUUCCGCAUGAACCGCAAGCUGAUCCGCCACCAGCGAGUCCACAUGAGUGAACCCUUCAAAUGCACCGAGUGUGGGAAGAGCUUCACCCAGAGGUCGAAUCUGGUUCGGCAUCAGAGGAUUCACACCAAGGAGGAGCCCUACCAGUGCCCUGAGUGUGAGAAGACCUUCAACCAGAAGGCCAACCUCUUCCGUCACCAAACAAUCCAUCAUCUCCGGACUCACACAGGUGAGAGACCAUUUCCCUGCACCAACUGCAGCAAGAGGUUCAUCACCAAAUCACAACUCAAGGAGCACCAGAGGAUCCACACAGGUGAGCGGCCGUACAAGUGUCUGGACUGUGGGAAAAACUUCACCCAGAAGUCACAGCUCAUUGUGCACCACCGCAUCCACACGGGUAAGAAGCCCUACCAGUGCAGCAGCUGCAAGAAGUGCUUUGUGAACAAGUCACACCUGGUGGCCCACCACCGGAUCCACACGGGUGACCGUCCCUUCAAGUGCGGGGUGUGUGGCCGUGGCUUCCACCAGAAGAUCACUCUCAUCAAGCACCAGCAGGUCCACACAGGGGAGAAGAUCUUCCACUGCAGCACCUGUGGGAAGGAGUUCAAGAAGAAGUCAGUGCUGGUGACCCACCAGAGGAUUCACACAGAGGAGAAGCCCUACCCCUGCCCCACAUGUGGACGGUGCUUCCGGCAGAAGAUCCACCUCGCCCGGCAUCAGCAGACCCAUGAGCUGCCCGAUGCCCUCAUCUGCAGAGCCUGUGGGGACCAUUUUGGCAGCAAGAGGGAGAUGCUGUGGCACCACCAGGGCCACCAUGCCCAGAAGGCCCCCCACACCUGCACCACCUGUGGAAAGAGCUUCAGCCAGAAGGUCGGCCUCACGGCCCACCGCCGUGUCCAUGUGCGGGAGGAGACCUCCAGUGCUGCAGAGGGUGGGCAGUCCACCACCACCCUCGGUGGUAUCCAUGCAUGUGGGCAGUGUGGGAAGGUGUUCACCAAGAAGGGCAACCUGGCCAACCAUCAGCGGGCUCAUGCCGAGGGCCAGGGUCACCACUGUGGGGCUUGUGGCAAGGACUUUGCCAAACGGGGGGAGCUGACCAAGCAUGAGCGGACCCACACUGGGGAGAAGCCCUAUGGGUGCAGGCAGUGCGGCAAGUGCUUCACCCAGCGCACCCAGCUGGUCACCCACCAACGUGUCCACACUGGUGAGCGGCCCUAUCCCUGCGGUGACUGUGGCAAGCGCUUUGGUGACAAGUCACGCCUCACCGUCCACCAGCGCAUCCACACCGGUGACCGGCCAUUCCCUUGCCCUACCUGCGGCAAGGGCUUCCGCCAGAAGAUCGCCUUGGUCAAGCACUGCCGCAUCCAUGUUGGCAAGCGGCCCUUUUCCUGCAGCGAGUGUGGGAAGGGCUUUGCCCAGAAGGCCCAGCUGGCAGUCCACCACCGCAUCCACACUGGGGAGCGCCCCUUCUCCUGUGCUGACUGCCCCAAAGCCUUCAUCGACAAGUCCCGUCUCAUCGUCCACCGCCGCACCCACACUGGCGAGCGCCCCUUCCCCUGCACUGUCUGUGGACGAGCUUUCACCCAGAAGAUUGCCCUCAUCACCCACCAGCGAGUCCACACCAAGUAUGAGCCUAACCGCUGCAGCAAGUGUGGACAGGUCUUCCCUGACAGGACCCAACUCCGGCUCCACCAGCCCUCCCAUGCUGAGGACCGGCCAUUCAAGUGUGCCACAUGUGGGAAGGACUUCAAGAGGAAGGAGAUCUUAAUUACCCACCAACGGGUCCACACAGGAGAGGCACCUUUCCAGUGCCCUCAGUGCAGCAAAAGCUUCUCACAGAAGGCCAACCUCAUGAAGCACCAGCUCACUCACACCCGCCGGGGCCCAUUUAUCUGCUCAGACUGUGGGCAAAGCUACACCACCAUUGGACAUUUCAAGAGGCACCAGAGGAGCCACCUCAAAAAGCAAAGCCCUCCUGGUGAGGUAGAGGAGCCCCCUGAGGACCUGGCGACCAGCCAUGUGCCACCAGAGCCAGUGGGUGGCCACAGCAGCCCCAUCAUUGUGGUGAAGACAGAGGCUGAUGCUGAUGACUAUGAGGUCCUACAGAUCCCAUGA